UAAGAAUAGGCGCUUUAUAAAUUACCUGAAAAUUAGUGUGAAUAUUUAUUUCACAUAUUUCAAAUGGACACAAAGGAGGCCAUACAUUUUAUUGUUUCCUAGUCAAUGCUGAUUUCCAUUUUGAUUCAGUCUUUCGUCUGUGUUCUACGGAAAAGUUUCAUUCGGAAAAAAACAACUUAUUUUUGCUUGCUUCGAGUUUUCAUCAUGGCCCGUACCAAGCAGACUGCUCGUAAAUCUUCCGAUGGAAAGGUUGCCAGGAAGCCGGUGGCCACCAGGCCUUCCAAGGAACCAGCUUCCGGUGAAGCCAAAUUAAAGAAACCCCAUCGCUAUCGUCCUGGAACUUUGGCUCUUCGUGAGAUUCGUCGCUAUCAAAAAUCAACUGAGCUUCUUAUCCGGCGACUGCCAUUCCAACGCUUGGUGCGUAGCAUUGCAGCUGAAAUAACAUCUGAUAUACGUUUUCAAACGGCGGCCUUAAGCUGUCUCCAGGAAGCGUCUGAGGCUUAUCUAGUGCGCUUGUUUGAGGACACUAAUCUAUGUGCCACCCAUGGCAGGCGUGUGACCAUCAUGCCCAAGGAUAUAUACUUGGCACGUCGCAUUCGUGGCGAGUCCUAAGCAGACCCAGAAAGAGAACAGAAUUUAUUUCAAGUGUACCCCUGACUGACUGGCCAACAUUAAAAGCCAAAAGCAAAUUACUCAUCACAUCAACGGGCCAGUAAAGAUUCUCCAUGCUACCCCUGCCAUUCCAAGCUUCCUUUUUAUUAUGUAUGCCAUGUACAGGGAUUUUAAUAAAUCGUUUCCUAUCCUAUCCGUCUCUCCUCGGCCAGGACAUCCUUUUUA